AUGAAAGUGUCGAGCAGCAGCGGCAGAGUUUGUGGAGGAGGAGGCGGAGGCGGUGUUUGCAGCAACGGCGGCGGAGACGGCAACGACGCUGGAAACCGCGGUGACAGCGGCGGUGGCGGCGGCGGCGGUGCGCCCAACAACAACAACAACAACAACAACAACAGCAGCAGCACCAGCAGCACCAGCACCAGCACCAGCAGCCCUCCGUGCAGUGAGGGUGGCGGCGGCGGCGGCGGUGGUGGUGGUAGCGGCGGCCUGGUAGCUGGCGUGCUGGUCAGUGAUCAGGGCGAAGUGAUCAGCGACCGGUAUGUGGGCGUGGCGAGGCAGUUCGCGUCGCGUCAAGCGUCCGAGCGUGGCUCGACCAAAGCUGACCAAAGCGACGGUAGUGACGACGAGACCACGCUCAGGCAGAUGCUUGUGAGGUAA